AUGUUAGAAGUGAUUUUCCUAAGCUCCAUCACAAGAAUAAUUAUCUUUAAUGAUGAAGACGAUGAAAAUACAAACAAAGACGGGAAGAGAACUAAAGAAAAGAAGACAUAUGCAAUAGUUGUGGAAACAGCAGGCUCAGGAUACACGGAAACACUUAAACUGGUCAAAAAACAGUUUGAAAGUAACCCAGCCAGACAAGCCAUAAAGACAAUCAGGAGUACUAGGGACGAAAAGAUGGUCAUAACCCUGGAAAAGGAUGACGAGAGAAUGAAAACCUUCAAAGAAGCCCUAAAUUCAGCCCCAGAAAAAAUAGAAGCAACAUGUCGGUGGGCCAGAAGCCAGAAACAAUCCAUACUUCACAUAAGGGCCAUGGAUGCAAUAACUACCGAAGAGAAAGUGAACACCGCUAUUAACGAAAGAAUCGGUGGAGAAGGAUCCCAUCUCGUGAAAAUAAGCAGCAUCAGGCCAGACAGAAGUAACACACAAGCCGUCACGGUCACGACGAACGAGGUUAUAGCAAGGGAACUGCUAAAAGAGCCCCUCAAAAUAGGCCUGACAAAGUGUUCUGUGGAACGGAGAAUAGAGCUAGAAAAGUGCUAUAAAUGCUGGGAGGUCGGUCAUACGGCAAUUAAAUGCAAUGGCUCAGAUAGGACAAAUCAGUGCCACAGAUGUGGAAAGGAGGGCCAUAAGAGCAAGGAAUGCUCAAAUGAGGAGGAAUGUCCAAUUUGCAAUGUGACCGGCCACAGGGCCGCAACUAGCAAAUGUCCUCAGUACAGGAGAGCACUUGGGAGAGCCAAAAGAGAAGGACCUACCACAAACAGUCUUCGGUAG